AUUUUGUUGGUAAUAAAAAUCAAUAUAUUUCAAACAGAAUGAAGAAGAUCAAGAUGUUUAACAAUAACUACAAUGCCGGCGUUUCUCAGAUGCCACCCGGCUUGGAGCCUACUCUACUGGCGUGCCGCGCGUGUCUCGCCACGGACACCAAACUGUACAAGCUUGCUGGUGUUCUGAAGGAAACAUAUGAAUAUCUGUCAGGCAUGCCGGUGUGACAAACAGACAGGUUGCCGCAGCACAUCUGCGGCUGCUGCGGCACAUUACUGCACAAAUACAGGUCCUUUAAGGAGCGCUGCGGCACCGCGCACCGCCUCAUGCAUGAUAUACUACAGCACUGUGCGCUCACUACGAAUAUAGUUCGCAACGUCAAUAGAGCAUCGAACAAGCUCCUUCUUAAUUUCACAAUCGACAUAAACUCUAAAAUCAUCUAUAUGGUACAUGAAGAUGACAGCGGCAUAAAGAAAUGUACACGCCCAGAUCACGACAAAACUACUGAUAAAGACGACACACACGGACUCACAGAUGUUCUAGAUUUUGAAGAAAUAACUAAAACGUUGAAUGAUGACGUAGAUCUAGAUUUGAGUGAUAAUGAGUUGGACAUAAAUGAUGGAAGCCCUUUUAUAGAUCGAGCUAAAACCUUUAAUGUUGAAGAAUUGUUCAGAGGAAAAAUCAAUAAUGAUUUAAAUGAUAUGAGCAAUAAGAACAUAAAUAAUGAUAUUGGAGACAUUAUCAGCAAAGCUUUUAAAGGAAAGGAUAAAGUUUGUAUUAAAAAGUCGAAUGAUAAUGUAAAUAAUCUUAUUGCUGUAAAAAAUGAAGAUACUAGUAGCACGUUUCGUGAUGCGGAAGAAGUGCUUAAGGCAAAUAUUAAUGAUCUACCAUCAGAUUUAACAUUUAAUGAUGUUUCAAUGAAUGCUAAUGACUUAAAUGAUAAUGAUUCAAAUCUAGUUGACACUUUCAACAACUUUAUUCUAGACCACGACUAUUUCGAUGAGAAAUUUCUACUUGAGACUGGUGAUUCUGAAUUUGUGAAAAAACAUGUCAUUUCUAAAAAAACAGAUGAAGAUUCUUUACUUAGAGAGAUAAUACCUAACGUGACUAAUAAAGACGAAAAUGUUAUCUUCAAAGAACGACAUUCAAAUAAAACCAAGAAUAAGAAAACAAUCAACCCCGUGAAAAAUCUUUUUAAAUUGAAACUUAUUAAUAAAGGAACUAAACUAAACAAUGGCAAAAAUAUUCCAAGAGCGUAUAAUAAUAAAAAUGAUAAAACAUUUAAGAUAGAAGAUGAAUCAAACGAAAUAAAAUCUACUUCAGUACCAAUAACAACUAAAGCAGAACUACCAAUUGAUGAUAACGUUAAAACAGAAUUGUCAAAAGAAUUCAUAAAAUUUGGAUCUGAUUUUAACUUUAGAAUAUUCGAGCUAAGCACAGAAGAGCAGUUGGAAGAACUGCAGAAGAAGAGAGAAGGAGCAUUGUAUGUAAGUGCGCCGUACAAAUGUGUUGAUUGUGCAAAAGGAUUCAAAACAAUGACGACGUAUGAGAACCAUCUAAAAGUGCAUCAACCGAGUUACGGUCCAUUCUUGUGUGACAUCUGCCACUCGCGGCACAAGUCCGAGGCCCGCCGGCGCCGCCACGCCGACACCCACCGCUUCAAGUAUUGCUGCACGCGCUGCGAAGUCGUUGCUAGAUCCAGGGAGCGCGCGGAGGAGCAUUUUCACUGGCACGCCGGACGGACGUUCCCGUGCCAGUACUGCGGCGAACAAUUUGGCAAGGCUUCGACGCACCUAUCACACAUACGUCUGCAGCACCCGGCCGCGUGCGUGUGGUGCGCGCAGUGCGGGGCGCCGUGCGUGGGGGCGCGGGGGCUGCGCCAGCACACGCGCCGGAGGCACCCCACGGUGACCAACGGCGAGGACUCCGUGGAAUCGUAUUGCUUCACCUGCCGUAUACAGUUCCAGAACUCGGACGCCUAUCUUCGGCACAAGGAGGUGUCUGGGAACAGCUGUCAUUCUGAUCUACGUGUCCCGCCUGGUUCUCAACUGCGCAGUCGCGCGAGGCGCACUACCUGCGCGCGCACCUCGGCGCGUCCACGCCCCGCGCGCGCGCCGCGCCGGCGUCCACGCCCCGCCACCCCCGCGCCCGCCCGCCCGGCAACAAGCCCGCCAUGUGCGAGCUUUGCGGGAAGAAAUACCAUUCCGCAGCCGCCCUAUCGUACCACCAGCGAUCACACACGGGCGAGAAACCAUUCGCCUGCAAGCAAUGCCCGAAAAGCUUCGCUCUCAACCACUCGCUGCAGGCGCACAUCCGCACGCACACAGGGGAGCGCCCGUACCGCUGCCCGCGGUGCCCGCGCGCGUUCCUCAACGCCAACAACUUAGCACGACAUAAGAAAACUGUCCACCUGGGCCAGAAGCGGUACUCGCGCUGCGCGGCGUGCGCGCGCUGGCUGUCGUCGCCCGCCGCCGCGCGCGCGCACGCCGCGCACGCGCACGGCGCC